CCCACUGGCCUUGGGAACGCUGUGUAGUGGGUGCUCCACCUCGCCAUGAACGUGCCAGGAGCCUGGGAUGGCACUGGAGGCGCUUGGAAUGCCGGUGGAUCACCAAGGAGACUUUUCCCGCCCGGCUCCAAGCCCGACGCUGGCUGCCUGGCUGCUGCCUGGGCUUCCAUGCAGAGCCCUGCCCCUGAAGGUGGAGGUGGACACAUGGACCUCACGGUGCUCCACAUCACCAACCACCUGAGGAACAUCGACCGGAGGUUCGAGCACCUCCGUGAGCUCUUCCACAGGGGAGAAGUUAUUUCAGCUUCCGUUGAAGCCAAACUGGCAGAUUUGCUGCGAGCCAUCUCCUCCUUCCUGAGCACAUGCCCUGCUGUGCCCAGGGAUGCCAUCCAGGCUGCUGUGGCAUCACUCCUCACCAACAUCAAUGGUCUCAGCCAUCAGGAGAGGACACCUGAAAGCCGGCAUCGGUACAGUGAGAUAUUCCGCAGCCUGGAUGCCAUCGAGAUCUCUAUUGGAAAUGCGACAGUUGAUAUGUUCAUUGGUGACACUGACAGCACUGACAACACAGACCCGAGCACAGACACAGAGGACAUUCCGUUGAGUGAAAGCUUCUGCAAGAGCAAAACCAGCUCAGAGACGCCACCACAGGCAGACCUAACAGUUCAGGAGGCAGAUGAAAUGCUGCUGAAAUGUGAAGGUGGCAUCGAUGCAGCCCUCCAAUACGCCAAGACGUGGUGUAAAUAUGUCAAGGAGCUGCUCAGCUGGAUUGAAAAGCGUCUGAGUUACGAGACAGAGUUUGCCAAAGGGAUUGUGAAGAUCGCAGAGUCAGGACAAAGUGCCAUCUUCCAACAGCACAACAUGCCUCUCUGGGAGCUCUAUCAAAUGGUCCUGGAACAUGACAUAAAGGUUGGGAAUUCAGCGGCUGAGACUGCAGGACUGCUCCAGCAGAAGGAAUUCUACCAGCCUCUGUCAGCCAAGAAGAAUGAAAUUGAGAAAUGGAGGAAAGAAUUUAAGGAUCAAUGGACAAAGGAGCAAAAGAGGAUGAACGAAGCCCUGUCAUCCCUGCGCAAGGCCCGCCUGCAGUACUUCCAGCGCUGUGAGGAGCUGGAGAAAGCGAAGCUCUUGAGUGCCAAAGCAGAGGAUGAACACCAGAGCACGGCCAGCGCCAACAAGCAGCUGGAGAAGCGCCGCCGCUCCUGCGAGGAGGCCCAAGCCAAGGUUCAGGAAACAGAAGCUUUGUACAAGAUGUGCAUCAGUGAGGCCAACUUUCGGAGACAAGAACUGGAGAAGGUGCGAGCACGGAUCGUCUCCCACAUCCGGAAGCUCAUUUUCCAAGGGGAUGAGGUGCUGACGUGGGUCACUUUAAGGAUGUUCAAGCAGCGGCUGGCUCAAUCAGAACAGAUCCCAGUGAGAUAUCAGUAUCUGGCUGAGGUCUGCAAGCCAUACAAAGCAGGCAAGAAGUACCUGGAGUUCAUCCAGGCUCUGCAGAAGAAAGACAUUCAUAUGGAGGUGUUUGAAUUCGAGCCACUUGCUUCUGGAGGACAAAGGUCCCCUCCCAGUGGCAAAAAGAAGAUGGCAUUGCACUGCACAGGACCUUCCUCCGCAGCAAAGGAUGUGAGCACGCCAGAAGAUCCAUCCCGGAACGAGGAACAGAGUAUGACCAAAUCCCUCUGCAGUGACACGGAAAGCCUCGGUGGGAGCUGUGAAUCCCGGUCUUUGGACUCUCCCAAUUCCAGCCCAGGAAACUCUAGCAGGAAACUGUUGAAAGCUCCAUCCACCAGCACCGUGUCCUCCUCGGAUGAUUUUGAAGAGAGAGAUUCCUUGCAAGCCUUGGAAAACGAAAACGGCACAUCCCAGCAGCAGGUGAGGAACAUCCCACUCUCCAGCGCGGCACAGACCCACCGGCUCCGCAAGCUGCGGGGUCCAUCCAAGUGCAGGGACUGUGACAACUUCAUGGUCAGUGGCUUCGAGUGUGAGGAGUGCUGCCUGGCCUGCCACAAGAAGUGUCUUGAGAACCUGCUCAUCACCUGCGGCCACAAGAAGCUGCCCAACCGGGUACCUCUGUUUGGGAUUGACUUCACACAGGUCCCUCGAGACUUCCCAGAGGAGGUUCCCUUCAUCGUGGUGAAAUGCACCUCCGAGAUCGAAGCCCGUGCCCUGGGGGUGCAGGGCAUCUACCGGAUCAGCGGGUCCAAAGCCCGGGUGGAAAAGCUGUGCCAGGCAUUCGAGAAUGGACGGAGCCUGGUGGAGCUCUCUGAGCACUCCCCCCACGAUAUCACUGGGGUCCUGAAGCAUUUCCUGAAGGAACUUUCGGCCCCGGUGCUGCUGUCCCACCUCUACAACGAGCUCAUGACACUGGCCAAAGACCUUCAAAAACCCAUGGAGGAAAAGGUGGACUGGGCAGCCUUCCCUUCAAAGCCCAUUCAGAGCAUGAAGGACUUGUUGAGCAAACUGCCUGGGAGUAACUACAACACUCUGCGGCACCUUAUAGCCCACUUGUACAGGGUGGCAGAGAACUACAAAGAGAACAAGAUGUCCCCAAACAACCUGGGCAUAGUGUUUGGGCCAACCCUGAUGCGGCCCGGCACAGGGAGCGAUGUCUCCAUGUCCUGCCUGGUUGACUCUGGGUAUCAAGCCCAGCUUGUGGAGUUUCUCAUUCAGAACUACGAGAGGGUGUUUGGGAUGGAUGAGCUGCCCUCAUCCUUAACCCUGGGAUGUGACAAUCCUGCGCAAGAAGCAGCAACAGAGAAGGAUGAAGGACCUCAGAGCCCAAACACAGCCCAGAGCAUAAGCGUAGAGGUAGAGCUCCCAGACACCGAGUUGGGCUUACUGACCCUGCUGUAGAGGCAGGGAAGUGGACUAGUAAUUAAAGAGAACUUCUUUCACACAUAACAAA